GUGUGUGUGAGAGAGAGAGAGAGAGUUUGUGUGUGUGGGUGUAUUUAGGUUCUGAAGGUUCUGCUGGUGCAGGAGUUCUUUUUAUACAGUGAUCCAAUUACUAUGCUAAUGAGUUGAUAAAUAUUCAUGUGGGGUUUAAAUUAUGCAUACAGCUUUCUGUGCUGGGUGCAGAAUGAAUUGCUCCCAGGACUUGAAGGCUCGCUGUGCUGCCUUAAUGAGCUGAGCUCAUUUGCAUACAACUCUAAUCGGCUGCAUUCCGAUUAGGCCACAUUACAGCCACUGCCAGCUGGAGUCUCAUUCCAGGAAAAAGGGCUGUCAUGACCAUCGCAGUGAGGGAGGGAGGGAGCGAGGGAUGGGAAGGAGAGAGAGAGAGCAGGAGGAAGACAGGAAGAGUGUGGCUGGGAUCUUUUCGUUGGGAAUCUGGAGCUCUUCCUCCUGUCCUGGGCUACUGUUUAGGAAUCUAACAUGAGAAACCAGUCAGAAAGCAGUAAAGAAGCGAAGGACUCUGGGACAGGAAAUACUGGUGCUCAGACUAAUGGACUGGACCUUCAGAAACAAACUGUGCAGAAUGCUAAUGCAAUGAACACUGUGCACACUCAUGCCCUACUGCAGCAGCUGAAUCUGACUCUCUGUGACUCUUGGCAGCUGACUCUGACUCCAGCGCAGCAGCAGCUCUUCGCGCAGGCGCAGCUGCUAGCCGCAGCAGUGCAGCAGUCAGCCAGCCAGCAGAGCACCACGUCUGGAGCCGCCAUCUCUGCGUCCGCGGCCACGCCCAUCACCCAGUUCCCCCUGUCACAGCCCAUCCACAUCGCACAUGACCUACAGCAGCCGAAUCUGAACCUGCAGCAGUUUGUGCUGGUGCAGCCGGGCCAUCCAAUUGCAACGCAGCUGCAGCCGGCACAUUUCAUCAUCUCCCAGACUGCACAGGGUCAGCCUAGUUUCCUGCAGGCCUCAAACCUGCUAACGCAACUACCUCAGAGCCAGGCCAGCCUGCUGCAGGCCCAGCCCAGCAUCACUCUCACCACACAGGCAGCGACGCCGACGCGCACGAUAACGGCCACGCCGAUCCAGCCCCUCACCCAGAGCCAGGCCACGCCCAAGCGCCUGGACACGCCCACUCUGGAGGAGCCGAGCGACCUGGAGGAGCUGGAGCAGUUUGCCAAAACCUUCAAACAGAGACGAAUCAAGCUGGGCUUCACUCAGGGAGAUGUAGGACUGGCCAUGGGGAAACUGUAUGGAAACGAUUUCAGCCAAACCACCAUCUCUCGCUUUGAGGCCCUGAAUCUGAGCUUUAAAAACAUGUGCAAGCUCAAGCCUUUGCUGGAGAAAUGGCUGGGGGAUGCAGAGAACCUGACGCUGGACCACGCCCUGUCCAGCCCCAGCUCUCUGGGCUCGGCGGCCAUGGAGGGGCUGAACCGCAGACGCAAGAGACGCACCAGCAUCGAGACCAACAUCCGUGUGGCCCUAGAGAAGAGCUUCCUGGAGCAGAAUCCCAAACCCUCAUCGGAGGAGAUCGCCAUGAUCGCAGAGCAGCUGAGCAUGGAGAAGGAGGUGAUCCGCGUCUGGUUCUGCAACCGCCGGCAGAAGGAGAAAAGAAUCAACCCCCCCAGCAGCAGCGCCGGCAAGACCAUCUACUCCCCCCCCACCCCCCUGGUGGGCAGUACGGCGGGCCUGGUGACCAGUAACCCCGCGCCCACGCUGACGGUGAACCCGGCCCCGCCCCUCACCAGCACGUCCGGCGCCACUCUGGCGUUCACAGGCGCGAGUCUCGGCGCUUUGGCCAAGAGCACGCCGUUGGCCGUCUCCACGGCGACCAGCGCGGUGACCUCGUCCCCUCUCAGCCCCUCCUCCUCAAAGCCUCAGAGCGCAGGGGCGGAGCCAGCGGGGGCGCCAGAGGCGGGGCAGGUGGUGGUGGCCACGCCUGGUCUCUCCGGUGUCAGUUUAGCUGCCAUGGCCGCGGCCGCCGGACUCAGCCCCGCCCUCAUGACAUCAGCGCAGUUCACCCCGGGUGGCGGGUUGCUGAGUUGGGCCCCUGGGGGGCUCAGUAGUGCUUUGGGGCCCACUCUGAUGAGCAACACCACUCUGGCCACAAUCCAAGCAGCUCUGGCUUCCAGUGGCUCAGUCCCCAUCACGUCUCUGGACAGCUGUGGGAAUCUGCUGUUUGCCAACACCAGUUCGGGGGGCGUGGGGGGGACCCCCGGUCUGCUGCCCACACCCCUCUUCCUGAGCCCCCAAAACCUGUCGCUGCUGACCAGCAACCCCGUCAGCCUGGUGUCCACCGCCGGAACGGGCGGGGCUCUCAACCUGCAGACCAGCGCCGCCUCCCACGUGGUAACCACGACAACCCCCGCCACCGCCAUCACCGCGGCCUCCAAGGCCCAGUGAGCUGGCAGCCACGCCCCCCCAUCGCCUACGCCCUCCCUGUUCUCAGUAUUUCAUCAUUUUAAAUAUGUUAAUUUCCUCUGAGCAGGGCUGCGAUUGGAGGCUUUUAUUUUAGGGGGCAACAUAAUGAGAGAAGGGAGUCUCUCUCCAUGGAGUUUGGUGACCAUGGUUACCUGACUGACUGAGGCGGUGUGGUCCUGCUGUGCUUGUGGGGGAAUUGUGGGAAAUGUAGUCCUUCCUGUGGCUUUCCCAUUCCUUCCUGUCCAGGACUGUGUCUGGAAAACUAACUGAAAAUCUAACCAAAAAGACUUCUGAGAGAUUUAUAUUAUUAUGUUAAUAAUGCUUAUCACAGAGUGGGUUGGUGCUCUUGGGCCUCUGUGAUUGGACGUUACUGACGGGUCUCUCGUAGAGGCCACCAAUCACACUGUUUAUGACUGAAGCACAGUGGCGUGGAGGUCAGCCUUCUCUCUGUGCCUCUGUGCCUCUGCUUCCUGCGUCUUCACUGCUGUAUUUGGCACCUCCUAUGUGUGUGUAUGCGCCGUGUGUGUGUGUGUGUGUGUGUGCUGCCGUGUGAGUGUGUGUGUGUGUGUGUGCACUAGACAGAAGACUUUAACUUGUGUGGAAGCAUGUUCUGCAGUUUCUCUAUAGAGAAAUACACGUGUGCAGUUUCUCUAUAGAGGAGUACAUAUGUGCAGUCUCUCUAUAGAGAAGUAUGUGUGUGCAGUGUCUAUAGAGGAUUGCAUAUGUGCAGUCUCUCUAUAGAGAAGUAUGUGUGUGCAGUGUCUAUAGAGGAGUGCAUAUGUGCAGUCUCUAUAGAGAAGUAAGGGUGUGCAGUCUCUCUGUGUAGUGUGUGCAGUCUCUCUGUGUAGUGUGUGCAGUCUCUCUGUGUAGUGUGU